GGUUCUUUCUUGACUUAAAUUUGCUCAGAACUUUUGCAUAUCAGUUAAGCCUGUACAAACUUGAAGUUACUGCCGGCACAAUCAAACAAGAAUCAAGAGUAGGAUAUCUUCUAUAGAGCAGUUAUUUGUCAGAAAAUCACAAAAUAGGACUAGUUUAGUAUUAGUUUCAACUAAGCUACUUUACAACCAGUUCUGAAUUGAAUCAUAAUAGUCAUACAUAAACGCCAAACUGAAGUCGAUUUAUUUAAUUUAUAUAUAACUGACUGCUGAAGUAGUGGUUUAACUAACUAGGACUGUACUUACUAACUUAUUGCCUCAGAAGGGCUAAAAAAAGACGGAGAUCGCCCGUCCAUAAAUAAUAAAAUAGUCCCCCAGUAACCGUUUCGCCAGAACUUUAAACAAAUUGAGGCUGUGGUAUCUUUGUAACUGAUUUGUAAAUCUUGUUUUGCGACUGGGCCACUUCGUUUGUUCCUGGACGGAUAAACCUUGUUUCCAGAUCUCUCUUUAUAACUCGAUUUUAUUUUAUACCCUCUUUACUCAGAUCUGGUCCAGGUGUCUGAAGUUAGAAGAAAUUGUGGCCAGGUGAUUACCUUGGAAAGUGCGCUCUUCUUUUUUACGCCUCCCUUAACUCCAGACACCUUUACCUGUUUUUAUACAGUCUGUCAAAUGGCCUGUUUUGCCGCAAAUUAUUUGCCCUUAAUUAGGUUUCAUUUCGAUUGAAUUUGUCGCCAAAUUGUCAAAUUGAAACAAAAUCUUUGUUUUCAACGUCACGAAAAUAGCAAAUUCUUUUUGUAAAACAGCCAAUGUUACCUUGAUUUUCGCCAACCAUCAAGUAUAAGGUGUUUAAAAUCACGCCUACUCUGGCCGACAAACAAAGCAUAGCGGUCCCCUCUGAAAGAAAAACACAAGUAACGAUUAGCAUCAACUACGAAAGCCGUUUAGUUUGCAGGGGAAAAGUAGCGACUUUUGUUUCUCGUCAACCAUAAAAGAAAGGCCAUAUUUCAACAAUCGAGACCAACUUACAGAAUACAAAAGACCUCGCUUUUUUUAACCGGACAUUCGCAGAGAUUUCUAGCUUUUUAUAUGCUGAGGAACGCUUCAUCCCUACGUUAAUUGAAAAACAUAAUUUGUCUUUUUUUCUAACGCAAAAAGGAAAAAUAUAUCUCCUGGUUUGUCUUAGUUAGCUGCAAUUUGAUUGACUGUUUUUACCUUUUCAUCGAAUUAUGGGCGCUUUUGUAACUUAUUUCAAAGCUUUACCGUUAUUUCAAACUUUUGGAUACUUGACCGUAUAAUGGUAUAGAAUCUUAUUUUGAAAAAAAAAACGACUUUGAUUUCUAUCAUUCUUUCAUAAGAGUUCUUUUACAAGCCGUUGUAUACUAUUCAUAGUUUAUAACAAUAUAUUUUGCAAUUUGGAGUUUUUAUUUCAAAUUACAUUUAUUUCUUGUUUCUGGAAUUUUAUUUAUUAGAAGUCACCAAUUCCAGGAAUUUAACUAGCAGCAGAAAAUGUCCUUCAUCGGAAACAUUGCUGCCCUGGCCGCUACUAACCCCCACCUACAUCUGGCCCCUCCUCCUCCCCCAAACUCGACAGGGGGCACCUUGGCUAGAGAUCCCACGUGGCUACAGGUGGAGGUGUGUCGUGAGUUCCUGCGUCAGUCGUGCAAGCGGGACAACACAGAGUGCAAAUAUGCUCACCCCUCCUCUAAUGUCGACAUUCAGAACGGAAAAGUCACCGUAUGCUUCGACGCCUUCAAGGACAGAUGCACGCGUACCAGUUGCAAGUACUUCCACGCGCCUGCUCAGAUGAAGGCUGACUUGGAGAUGAGGGGGAAGAUGAGUCUGAUGCGACAGAAGAGUGAACAGAUGGCACUGCAGAACCACAACUCAGCAGCAGCUGCUGCUCAACUGGCUCUUCUGCAGCUUCACCAACAACAACACAACCAGUCCCUACUCAAUCCUUUCUUGCACAAUCAACCUGCACUUCUCCAGGCGACGAACCCGGCCGUCACUCUGGCUCAGUACCAGCAGCUCCUCCAGCAGCACGGAUACGCCUCCCCCCACACCCACCCACAGCCCGGAUCAGCCGCCGCCACAGCCUUAGUUCCCUCUUCGUGCACCGCUGCAACAUCCGUAUCCGCCGUGUCUUCCUCUCCUUCGAAUGUGAACAACAACAAUACUCAUCUGGUGGAUCCGAACAGCAUGGGGGGUCUGGUGAUGACGUCAGCCGGUGGUGUGAUCAAUGGGGUGAAUCUGUCUUCGCCCGCGCACAUGUGCUCCUCCGAUUCCCCGCCUCUGAAUGGAAAAGCAUUCACAGUCGAGGUAUGUCGUGAGUUCAGCCGAGGCGCCUGCAGUCGGUCGGACGAGGAGUGUCGCUAUGCUCACCCAGAACCACAGGUGGCAGUGGACCCCACAGACAACAGAGUCACUAUCUGCAUAGACUGGCUCAAGUCAGCCGGACAGAUGUGCUCCAGGGAACAGCAGCCACACGCAAACAACAACAACAGUCCCACAAGCGAAAAGUGCAAAUACUUUCACCCGCCUGCCCACAUCAUGGAGAGAUUUCAGAACGGGACCAACGCUGGUGUUGCCGGAGGAGGAGGUGGUGGACUCCUUCAGCAUCAGCAGAUCAACCAACUGGCAGCCCCCCAGAACAGCGGACACAGUCCCCUCUUCACCUUCCAGUCCCCCCUCAACAUCCAGCAGCAGCUCUGCAAGUCCUCCAACAACAAUCAAACUUCGCUUCCCCCCAACAUCCAAGGCAUGAACAACCUGCACCUGGGUUCGUCCCAGCGGGGGUUGGCACUCGCCGGCGGAUGCCUUCCGGUGGCACCCGGAAAUCCCUUUCACACACCCGGUGCCUCCAACGCAUCCCAUUUCAAUGCACAGUACUUACAGCAACUCUGCAAUAACAACAAUAACAACGGCAACAAUUAUGUGCCAAGCGUGUCUCAAAAACGAAAAGCAUUUGAGGACUAUUCGGCAAACCGAGCCGUCGUCCAACCGUCUCCCGCGAUGUUCAACCCUCAAGUCAGGAACUCGGCGAUGCUUCAAAACAAUAACAACAAUCACAGCGGAUUUAACUUGCCAACAAACCCGGCAGCUUUGGCAAAUUGUGUUCCGGCGGGUGGAAACGGAAACGUGUUCCCGACGUACGGCAAGAUGCUUCGACUGGACUCGAACGGGAUGAACGGAGCGACUAAACUGACAAGUCCGGCUGCGAACCAGGCAGCUGUUAACGUGAGCCAGAUGAGUCAAGCGGCGGCGGCUGCUGCUCUUGGGGUGGGUGCUUACAGUCCUUAUGGCAAUUCCCAAGCGUCUCCGCAGGCCUUUUUCUACAAUCCACUAUAUCAGGCACAACUGCUGGCAGCUUCAAAUCAGACCCAGCCUUCCCUGAUUCCCGUGACUAGUCCCGCAUUCCUGGCCAAUCCCGGAGCUGGAAUGAUAAAUGGUGCUCACUCGCCCGCGCUCUAUGCCAGUCCCAUACACAACGGACGAUUCGCCGCAUUCGGAUGAGGCCGAACCCGAAUUCGAGUGCAACCAACCCUUCGCCAUCUAUAUCAACACGAAAAACACCAGAUGACAAUUGACCAAGUGGUAUGAGGAGGCAAACUUAAGAAUCAAAAGAACAAAAGAGUUUGUUCUCAAAGCAAGCUAAAGCACCACGAAAGAAGAACCACACUAUUGGCCAAUCAGAGUUGACUCCAGAAAACAUGUACACGUAUAAAUUGUCACCAUCUGUGGAAUCAUUUGAAUGCCUGGGAAAAAUCAGGAAAAGUGCACAAAUGUGAAACAAUUUUGUUAAAAACUGGAUAUAUCUUUCAAUCGAAACUAUUUUGAGGUGCUACUCUUAAUCUUUCAUUUCGUAUCUUAAUUCAGCCCCAAUAUUUUUCAAGCUUGAAAUCUUAUAAAAAUAUCCCACAUUUUUCAAGGGUAAAUAUCCGAUAAACGCGUGAAUAGUUUUUGUAAACUUUAAAUUUGAUUCCAAAAACAUGUCCUGUAAACUUUUUGGCUGAACCGAAAAAAAUCAAAAGGGAUUUACUUUGAUUUUAGUUUUUAUUGCACUUAAUAAUCGUUUUCCAAGCAUGAUAUAAAAGCACAAUGAGUUAUAUAAACAGGCUUGAAAAGUCUUUACCUUGAAAGCGAAGGGGAAUGCAACAAAAUGUAUUGCUAUUUUUUGUUUUCUUGAAUCGAGUUUUCUAAUAUUUGUAGUUGAAAUAGUUAGUUUUGGCCACUAAAACCGUUUUACUCCAUCAUUAACUAAUGUUGGGCUGGGAAUGCGAAAGGAUUAAUACGAUAAAAUUAACAGUGCUAGUUGUCUAGACCUAACUCUAUUAAAUUGGUGAUAACAAUCAUUUUAAAUUCGAGUUGCAGAGGAUCCGAAAAGGAGUGACGAUGAUUUUUCAAGAGUUGACUAAAUACGUAAUUGGUGCUUGUCCUUAGAUUACUUUCAACCUUAAUAGUGUACAAUAUUGAUUUAAUAUUAAAUAAUUCGUCAUGUAAAGUCAUUUUACGACUAUCUUACCAAGUGUUGUCCGGAAGUUAUUAUGUGAACUGAAGAACUAUUUUCUCGUCUCUAUGGUGAACAUUCAACAGUUGAUCUUUAUCGUUUUUGUAGUUAACCCUAGUUCAUAAAUUAACGAUUCGUAUUGUAUUAUUUUUAUAAUUGUUUGUGACUUAUUUACAUUAAUUACUUUGUGUUGAUAUCGAAGGUAGUUAUUUGUUGACAGGUUCAUUUUCAUGUCGCCUUGUUAGUACUACAUUUGUCAUCUGAAAUUUUCAUCUAAAAUCAUUUUGUGAUUGUCAUUUGCUAGGUUCGCAAUCUAAAACGUACCAAAUGUUAGAAAA